AAUCACGCUCAUAUUUACUUUGGUAUCCACCAGCCGUAACAUCGACGCUUGGAUUGACCUACCCACCUCUGAACUUCCUGCUUCAUUUUGUUGACAAUUCUAAUGAUUUUUUUUCAUAGUGGACGUUAACUUGUAACACAGGACAACGUCGAGUAAGGGAGCCACAACGGGUUCAAAGCUUUCGAAUGGUUCAUGCACAUAGUUAAGAGGCUGAAAACUGAAGACAAGAAAGAAUACAACCAGGACAGCAUCAGGGAGUCACUGGCAGGCAUGCCGGUGUUUGAUGAGCUCUCGGAGAGCACAGAAGUGGUGGAGAUGGAGGAUGUGAAUUCAACCCCCUUCCAGGUGCAAAAGCACACGUGGACCGAUCUGCGAAAAAUCAUCCAAGGGAGCCGCAGGUCCUUGGCCUUGCUCUUCAGCAAGGCACCGCAUUAUUUCCACUUUGUGCAGAAGGACGAGUCCAGCCCACAUUCCCAUCGCCUCUACUUCCUUGGUGUGCCAUUCCCCAGGAGGGAGAACUCAUUGCUCUACUCCGACAUUCCGAGGAAGGUACGCAAAGAGGCGCUUCUUAUUUUGGCAUGGAAGCAGCUGCUGGACAACUUUCAGACCAGUCAUCGCAAGAAGACCCUGUCCCGUGAGGAGGAGAUGCUGCGAGAGAGGAAGCGCUUGGGGGUGUCAGGCAUCACGUCCUAUGACUACCACCCAUCCAAGGGCCUCUUUCUGUUCCAGGCUAACAACAGUCUGUACUGGUGCAGUGAUAACAUAAAUGAUAGUAAAGUUCCUAUGGAUCCUGUUGAGCUUCCAAGCCAGUGUUCUAGCACGCGCAUGGAUGCCAAAAUCUGCCCCGCUGACUGUGACUUUAUCAGCUUUAUCCACAACAAUGACAUUUGGGUGACCAGCAUCAAGACGAGUGAAGAAAAGCGGCUCACUUUUUGCCAUAAAGGCAUCGAUAAACCAUACGAGGAUGCCAAAACUGCUGGUGUUGCCUCUUUUGUCACUCAAGAAGAAUUUAAUCGUUUCACGGCAUACUGGUGGUCCCCAGUGGCACAUGAUGAAUCAGAUGGUGGAAAAACACUGAAGAUUCUGUAUGAGGAAGUUGAUGAGUCUGAGGUUGAUGUUAUCCACGUCCCCUCUCCAGCACUGGAGGAUUGCAGCACUGAUGUGUACCGAUAUCCACGUGCAGGCAGCAAUAAUCCUGUGAUUACACUGAAAUUACUGGAAAUCAAGACCGAUGAAUUUGGCAAAAUCGUCAGCACGCAAGAAAAAGAGUUGCCUGCACCCUUCGCCACGUUGUUCCCGAGGGCAGAGUACAUCAUUAGAGCUGGGUGGACUAAAGACGGACGAUAUGCAUGGACAUCCAUGAUGGACAGACGCCAGCAGCAUCUUCAGUUGGUCCUAUUGCCUCCGUUGCUCUUCAUUCCUACAGAGCAGGACGAGACCACCAGACUGGAACGUCUGCGGUGUCUUCAGGAUCUGGGAGAAGCUGUCAGCCCACUCAUCAUUUACCAACAGACCAGCGACAUCUGGAUCAAUGUCCACGAUAUCUUCCAUCCAUUCAUCCAAAGCAACGAUAAGGAGUUUACGUUCAUCACUGUAAACGAGUCCAAAUCAGGGUUUUGCCACCUGUACAAGGUCACCGUGCUGUUAGACCGUGAACACUUCGACUGGACCAGCUACACACACUCUGAAGAUAAUUUCCAGUGUCCAAUUAAAGAGGAGGUGGCACUAACCAGUGGAGAGUGGGAGGUAUUGGCCACCCUUGGCGCAAAGCGAUCAUCCAGCCCUCAGAUUUGGGUGGAUGAGAGAGAAAAGCUGGUGUACUUUCAGGGAACAAAAGACUCGCCCCUGGAGCAUCACUUGUAUGUAGUGAGCUACGAGUCUCCGGGAGAAAUUGUGCGACUCACCAAACCUGGUUUCUCCCACAGCUGCUCUGUGAGCCAUACAUUUGACAUGUUUGUGAGCCACUACAGCAGCCUAACCAACACACCCUGUGUGCAUGUCUACAAGCUGAAUAGCAGAGAUCACAACCCACUGAGCAAAGAGCCUGAGUUCUUGGCGAGUCUGAUGGAGCCAUCUGGUUACCCACCCCAUUACACUCAUCCUGAGAUCUUUAGCUUCUUAGGGACCUCCGGUUUCCAGAUUUAUGGCCUCUUGUACAAACCACACAACUUGCUCCCUGGGAAGAAAUAUCCAACUGUUGUCUCUGUCUAUGGUGGCCCUCAGGUCCAGUUGGUCAAUAACUCGUGUAAAGGUUUGAAGUACCAGCAGCUAAGCAUACUUGCUGCUCUUGGUUACGCUGUGCUCGUCGUUGAUGGGCGGGGCUCCUGUCAGCGAGGACUCAAGUUUGAAGGAGCUGUGAAAGACAACAUUGGCCAGGUGGAGAUUGAAGACCAGGUGGAAGGUUUGCACUAUGUAGCUGACAAGUACAAGUUUGUGGACUUGAACCGCGUUGCCAUUCAUGGGUGGUCAUAUGGAGGCUUCCUCUCUCUCAUGGGACUCAUUCACAGACCUGAUAUCUUCAAGGUUGCCAUCGCAGGUGCACCAGUGACAUUGUGGAUGGCUUAUGACACUGGAUACACCGAGCGGUACUUGGAUACUCCCGAAAACAACCAGAAGGGCUACGAGGACUGCUCUGUUGCACUGCACGUCGAUAAGUUCCCUAAUGAACCAAACAGACUAUUGAUCCUGCAUGGAUUUCUAGAUGAAAAUGUGCACUUUUUCCACACCAACUUCCUGGUGUCCCAACUUAUCCGGGCGGGGAAACCAUACAGCCUUCAGGUAUACCCCAAUGAACGACACAGCAUUAGGUGUCCAGAGUCUGGAGAACACUAUGAGAUCACAUUGCUCCACUUCCUCCAGCAGAACCUCUGAUAAGCCUUUCUCCACACAUCCUUACUUAGUCUAGGCAACUUUUUCUACCGGUAUCCUGGAUCUAGGCAAAAGUGUCCACUUUGUUCAUUAUUACGUCUAACAUUUUAUUGACUUUGUGAUAGACUAUGACCAUUCUCCUCUCAUGUGAUCUUUGGAACAUUCAACAUAGUUAAAUUGCCUCUGCACUCAUCUGCAAUAUAUUGUAUCUUCUAUUGAUAUUUACAACUUUUAGUAUUUUUAAAAAAAGGUAAUAUAAUAUUAAUAUAAAUCAUAUUUGUUUUAAAUGAAAAAAAAAAACACUUGUCUGCAAACAAACAAACUGAUGACAAAAAAUUUGUCCCAUUUAGUUUUUUAGUAUAUCUAAAACAGGAUGUUUGAGUGCUGUUGAGUAAUAUCAGUUUCAAUCUAUUAGUAUUUUUUGUUUUUGAUUGAAUUUAAAAUCAUUAUUGCCUAGGGUUAUUGGACAGGUGAUCAAAUCCUAAAAGGCAAACUAGUGUCGCAUGUAACAUGCAGUAUGUGUAAAAGAGUUCAACUUGUUUUUAGGGAUGUAUGAUAAAUAUAGGACCGGUAUGAGAAAUUAUGACAUUAUGUUGGUAAAUCCGAUAAGAUGAAAACGUAUCCAUCCAUCUAUUUUCUAUAAAGCGUGUCCUCAUUAAGUCACGGGCAAACUCGAGCCCAUCCCAGCUGACUUUGGGCGAGAACCCUAAAAUUGGUCGCCAGCCAAUCGCCCGGCACAUAUAAACAAACAGCCGUUUACGCAAUUGACAAUUUGGAGUCUCCAAUUAACCCAGUCCUUCACAAAUAGUGGGGCGGGCCCCCCUGGGGGGGCACAUGUGACCUCGGAACAUGCUUAUUUAGCCAUACCAGAUACGAUGAAGCAAAUGCAGCACUUGACUUCACUGUAACCACGGUGGGAGACGAGGAAAGGCCAGUGUGUUGUUAUCAAUGUUAUAGACAAAUGAUACUAUAUAUAGUCACGGAGGAGAGUGGGGGGGGCGCAAAAUAUUUUCUUAUUCCUACGGGGGGCAUAACAGAAAAUAUUUGAAUUAACCGAACAUGCAUCAGAGAGAUAAUUAUCAGACCAAUAUUAGGAAUUAUGACAUCGUAUUGAUGAAUCCGAUGCUCCAAUUAGGGCAGAUCGAUCGUACUGUGCUGCAGGUGUGUUUUGGUGAGAAAAUCAAGCGCUUCUUUUCUCCUACCUGUAAACUUCCCCUGAGCUCAUUGUAAACAAACAUGGCGUCGAUCGUGUGAAACUUCUUAACUGUUUCAGAGGAAGACUUUUCGCGUGUUAUUUGCAGCAAAUGUUUUGCAAACCGUUCCUUGAGGAAGGAAAAAAAACAUCAAGGGUCAACACAUCAAACCUUAUCAACCACCUGAAAAGCCAAUAUCACUACGAUGGUGUUUUGAAAGUCAAAGAAGACUUCUUAGACUUUUUCAGUGUUUCAGUGGGAAGAUAUUUUGUGUGCUAUCUGCACCAAAUGUGCAGAUAAGAGAUUCAGGAGAAGAAGAAAAAACUUCAAGCUUCAACACAUCUAACCUUAUCAGCCACCUAUAACACCAGUAUCAUGUCGCAAAGAAAGGUGUGCACAAACUAGUUGAAUCCAAAUUUUAAAAAAUCAUAGAUGUCAUUAAGUUAUUUGUCUUGAGAAGCAGGAAGUUAUCGUAUCGGCUUGAAAAAAUAUAAUCAUGCAU